GCAGGAGGUCAAGAAAUAUGAAGGAACAGGAUGAAUCGGUGCUGGCAUCCACCAACAUCACACCUGUGCAGCAGAUGAUGGCAUCCUCAGCUGGAGCUUUGCUUACAUCACUUUUUAUGACACCUCUGGAUGUUGUCAAGAUUCGACUUCAGGCCCAGAGCAAACCCUUCACCAAAGGGAAGUGCUUUGUAUAUUGCAACGGUCUCAUGGACCAUCUCUGCAUAUGUGACAAUGGAAACGGCAAAGCCUGGUAUAAAGCACCAUCGGGCAGAUUCACAGGAACAGUGGAUGCAUUUGUCCAGAUUGUUAGGCAUGAAGGAGUGCGGUCCCUCUGGAGCGGUCUUCCUCCAACAUUAGUAAUGGCCAUACCAGCCACGGCGAUCUACUUCACCUGUUAUGACCAACUGCGAGACUUGCUGAUCCAUCGGAUGUAUAGUAUCGAAAGUGCGUGCCUCAUCGCUGGAGCCACAGCCAGAUUGGGUUCAGCAACUAUAAUAAGUCCAUUGGAGCUGAUCAGGACCAAGAUGCAAUUCCGGCCGCUGUCGUACAAGGAGCUGAUGCUGUGUAUCCAGGCUUCUGUGGCCAAUGAAGGCUGGCUGUCUCUCUGGAAAGGAUGGGGACCCACCGUGCUGAGAGAUGUCCCAUUCUCUGCAAUGUACUGGUACAACUAUGAGUUUGCCAAGAAGUGGCUGUGUCAGAGAUACAACAAGCUGGAGCCAACCAUUACCAUGAGUUUUACAGCAGGUGCCAUGUCUGGUUCAAUUGCUGCUCUUGUGACUUUACCAUUUGAUGUUGUGAAAACGCGAAGACAAAUAGAACUUGGGGAGCUGGAGGUGUUAAGCAAUCCUCAGAAAAGAUCUUCAUCAACCUGGAAGAUUAUGUAUAGGAUUAUAUCUGAGAAUGGUUUCCAGGGGCUGUUUGCUGGUCUUAUUCCUCGUUUAAUCAAAGUCGCUCCAGCGUGCGCCAUAAUGAUUAGCACUUAUGAAGUCGGGAAGGCUUUCUUCCGCAAGCUAAACGAUGAACGGCAGCUGAAAGUGUUGUGA